AUGGCGGAGAUAAUACAAACGCCAACCAACGCAUCGCCUGAUGACCAACUCGACGCCGUCAACGAUGAGAAGGCAAAGCAACGCAAACACAAAUACGCGAAAAUUUAUGAAAAGUUCCGUUUUAGGUCACCAUUUGUUGGCGGCCACAGUAACAAGAAACUGUCUUCGAAGCAGCCGAUGUUGCCGAUUGCAAUGACUGAAGAAAUUCAGCGACCAGUUGCUGAGUUAGCUGAAGACGCAGCAUUAACUAUAGAAACAACAACGACUACCACAAGAGAGACUGAUAAGAUCAAGGCCGACAAUAAUACUUUAAAUACCGUUAAUGUAGGCACACUGACCCCUGAACCAGAAUCGAAGUUACUCGAUGCACUCGAAAUCAUCGAUCACAAAUUAAAAGAUCUCGCAAUCGAACAAAACGAUGAGAAUGCUGCCGCUCUUGUACUCUCUCCGGAGGAUGACUUUGAAAAGCGUGUGCUACCGAAUAACUCCUUCAUAUUUCAGGCGAGCACCAAACAAGUGGCCAAUAAUAAACUGAUUGUAGCACAGGCUGUCAAUGUGUCACUUGUAAACAGUAUUGAGGGCGAACAACUGAUGACGGAGCAAAAGGCACUGCUGCGUCAGCAAUGCGAUUACAGCGAACUGGUGCGUCCACUAAGUGUGCAACCCAUUUUGGUGGAACUUGAAGCUGUUAAAACGGCAGAAGAAACAGUAGCUUCGACAGAGCCCAUGUACGAACCCAUUGCUGGACACAGUGAUACUACAAAGACUGAAACACACUUAACUUUAACAACUAAACCACUACCACAAAGCACCGUUAUGUAUACACCACCGACAUCCUUCGUCUAUAACAGUUUAGCGGCAGCACAAGAGAAGAAAUUGCAAGAAAUAAACGAAGGUUUGGUAGAAAAACUCACUGAGCCAUUAGCCGAAAGUAGUGAACUCUUCGAGGACAUUUACCAAACUGUCGACGAAGCUAAAGCCACAACUACAUCCACAGUGACUGAGGCCACAAAUCUCACACUCUUGGCUGACUACGAAUCCAUAGCGGGUUCCGCCGAACAAACAACGCAGUUAACGCAAGCGAUUGCCACGGCAAUAGCGAGUAGUAGCAAACCCUUGUACGACGGUUAUGAAAUCUGUGAACCACCGCCGGACAUACCAACUGCACUUUCUACGGCUGCUAUGCCUCUAAACGAUAGCACUUCCAGCAGUACAGGCGCCAAGCUUAUGCAACAAAUCUCUAUGGGCGUAGGCAACGUGCGUAAUACCAACGACGAACUGCCGGAGCUGCCGAAACCAAAGCGUCGUCUGCCCAAAUCGCCAAUGCCAGGAAAGCGUUCGCCGAAGUCUGCAAGCAAGAGCGCAGCGACCCUUCGCGAAAACAGUAAAACCCUUAACAGCAGAUCGGGUUGUAGCAAGAGCAGCAGUAAUAGCACAAUCCCUGCAAUGGACGAUCAUGACGACGAGCAUCACUACUAUGCAGAUGAUGAGAACAUCUAUGACACAAUUAAGGGUUCGCAUUGUUACGAAUCGGUGCACACUGCUGACAAUGCAACGCAAAAAUCCAACAACACUACAACAAAAUGUGUUAGUGAUAACAUUUCGCUCACCUCAAAUUGUUACGAGAGCAUCGCGCAUUACCGUCGCAUUAGUAACGGUACUGUUGUCGGCCAUUUGACGGGAAGUAGUAGUGGUUCGACGCUUACCAUUUCAUCAGAUCACAAAACGAACAGUUUAUACGAGAUGUCUGUGACGGCCAGCAUGAUCUAUGGCACGGGUAGUCUAGGCUCCAGGCAGUCGUCGACGGCGGAAAAAUCAAGUGCAAGCAUUUCCGGGCGCAUCGGUGGUGUUAAUAAUAAUGGUAGUGAUGAGAGUAGUGAUGGUCACGCUGGCACCAAAAACUUUAGUCAGUCGCAUUGUGGCGCGACAAGUGACAACAGUGAUGAAUGGGUGGAUAUAUCGGAUCCCGAGGCGGAGGGUGCGGAGCAAGUUGUGAAGCCGCAAUUUAUUGUUGUACGUGAACGCUCCAAAGUGCAUCGCAGUCCUGAUUGGUCGAAACGUGUCAGAGACAAAAGAUUACAUCAAAAGAAGGCGAUUAGUUGUAUUGAAGAUGACUCCGAUCACUACUAUGAGACUUUGUCGCCUUUGGGAAAUAAACGCCACUCCACGCUACCUGACCAGCGUACAAAUAGCCAUAAUAAAUACAGUCAAGAUGUGCCACAUUUUACGAAAAAUGGCUCGCAGCGCAGUAAACAAUACUCGGCCUCGAUGCAUGGGCUGGGCACAUUGGCGGUAUCGGAUGAUUAUGACUCUUUCGACACAGACACCGAUGAAAUUUAUGAGACCGAGGAGAAUAUAAAAAAUCACAAUGACAGCGGCGUCGACAUACGUAAUGUAAAGCUCCCGGAUCCACCUCCCUCCACAAAUCAAGUGUACGCCAUUGUACGCAAACUGAAGAAUUUCAUCUCAAAUAAGAAAUCUCCCGUUUCUCAAACUAAGUACGGUGAUAGUCAACAAAAACUCUACGAGAACUCUACACAAUUCUAUGUUAGUGGCAAUAUAUAUGAGAAUACACCAAAGACUAAAUCCAAGACACAGAAAAAUGUGAAAAAGACACCAACUGCGUCACAAGAACAAGACAUUUAUGAGAAUACAGAGUUCCACAGUCCACCAGCCAUUGUGGUAGAUGAUAAAGCACUUAAUCCAGCAGACAAAACGCCCACUAAUCAAACUGAUUUGAAAGCCGAUGCGACUGUUGCCACAUUACGUUCCAAAUCGAAAUCGGGUAAAAGCUUCAAAUCACGUUUGCGUAAAAGUUUAGUUGGCUCCACAUUUGAUAUGAAACAAAUGUCAUCGUUGUCGCCUACACGCAGCACCUUUUACGUUGAAGAUCCGACAUACGGCGGUUCAGGCGAAUUGGAUUCUGGCUUCUCAGAGAAAGCCUCAUCUGGUGACCUGCCCACAGCGCCCACAGUGCCUGUACCCGAGGCGCAGAGAUUUUCAACUGUAGCGCGUAAGGCAAAAAAAGAAACGAAAGCACUAAACUCGCAACGGCGACGUACAACGAUUGGCAUACGUCCACAGGAUCCACCACCACCGCCACCCGUUGCUUCAUCGACAACCUCUUGGUAUGCUGAAUGUGGUGUUUUUAAAAAUGGCACGAGCGAGCUGAUACAUGAGUCAGAAAUUUCACUAAACGAUAGUAAAAUGAGUCAAAGUGGAUCGUCAGUUUUCAACGGUAAUUCGUGGUACACAGAGGCGGGUCUGUAUCAAACUAGUGGCGUUUCAGUGGCGAGUUCAAGUGGUAGUUCGGGUGUGUCGACGGGUAAUGAAGGCGCACUUGGUGAUGAUCUCCCACAUAGCAUGUUCCAGAAUGAACCACUGUAUCAGAUCUACAACGCUGCUAAGAUAGAGUCGAUCACUCGUGAUAUGGAGGGUCAUGACAGUUCAACGGACGGUUAUGAGGAAAUCGGACAGAAUGGAACGCGUGGUGAGGCACGCAUAAGUAGUCAGAAACAUCAGCGGCCAAGCGCCUUCCAAUUAAUUGAACCAAAGAACGGGCCAGCCCGUACCUUGUGGAGUGAAAUACCCGAAGUUAUAAACUCAUGUGUGCUAGCCACGCUUACACCACGCGAACGCAGUUUACAGGAGGCGAAAUUUGAAAUCAUCACCUCCGAGGCUAGUUAUCUGAAAUCGCUCAAUUUAUUGCGUAGUCAUUUCAUGAAUCAUCCAAUUUUUCGGGACACGAAUGUAGUGAGCGCACGCGAUCGAAAAGCGUUAUUCGCCUACAUAGUGCCCGUGCAUGAAUGUUCGGAACGAUUACUUACCGAAAUGGAGGCGUGUUGGCAAGACAAUAUAAUGCUGAUCGGUUUAAGUAAGCGCAUCUAUACCAUGGCCGAGAAAUACUUCCACGUCUACAUCUCAUUUUGUGAACAUCAAGGGCGCAUGGACCGCACAUUGCGUCGCUUGAAGGAGACGCGCGGUAUCUUCGCGCAAAACCUGCAUCUACUCGAAACGAGUCCAACCUGUUGUGGCUUAAAUCUACACUCUUUUCUCAUGCUACCCAUGCAACGUAUCACGCGCUUGCCAUUGCUGAUCGACGCCGUCUUCAGUAAAGUCAGUUCCAACGAUGACGAAUACGAGAACUGGAAGAUGACGUUGGCCAUUAUGAAUAAAAUAGUGACACAAUGCAAUGAGGCAGCGAAUAGAUGCGAACAAGCAUACGAAAUUGAACGUAUUGCGCGUCAGCUGGAAUUCCCUUCGACGAUACGUGCCUUAGCUAUAGCGCCUGUAGGUGUACCUGCAGCUGGUUCAAAACCACGUUUCCUGGUGAAGCGCGGCGAGUUGACGCAUUUCAUUUGGCGCGGUGACGACGUAAAACUUACGUUCGGCAAAAAAUUCUCCAAGGUGGCGAUCUACGCAUUCCUCUUCUCCGACUUGCUUGUGCUAACAAAGCGUAAGGGCGAAGAGCAAUUCAUAGUCUUCGAUUACUGCCCGCGUAGCAUGCUAACCAUAUCAUCGGGCGAUCUAAGAGACAUUAGUCAGACGCACAAAAAUCUAAUACUGAUGACAUUGUUAGAAAAUCAUGAACGAAAGACUGUGGAACUACUCCUUUCUUGCCCAUCAGUUUCCGAACAGGAACGUUGGUUGCAGGCAGUUCGACCGCCCGAACCGGAGACGCCUGGAGAAAAGCUUUACGAAUCCUGGGACUGUCCGCAAGUGAUAACGAAGCACGCAUACGUAACAAGAGAGCCGGAUGCGCUGAGUCUGGAGGUUGGUGAUGUCGUAAACGUAACGCGAAAAUUGCCAGACGGUUGGUACCUGGGUGAGCGCAUACGGGAUGGCGUUGUAGGCUGGUUCCCAGGCAGUUAUACGGAGGAGGUGAACUCGGCGCAUGUGCGCGCCCGCAAUCUGAAGCAGCGCCAACGUUUGCUGACCUUUACCGCCACAUAUCUCGAGUCGCAAAAGCGCAAGUAGACGAUUUGUAAUGGAGCCUAGCGGGAUGUCUCAAGACGUUAGCCACUUUAAUAAAGUUGUCUGUCAAUAUUAGUAUAUUUGUAGCUGCGUUUGUGCCUUUUAUACAAUAAAACUAGUUAUAAAUAAUUGUUAAUGUUAUAAAUAAAAUUUAUUGACCUACCCAUAAGCAUCUGACUGCAACCAAUGCUUACAUAUAAUCGUAUAAUCGUUAAAAAUAUAUCUUAUAUAAUUUCUUAUUUAUUAAAAUUGUGAUAAAAUGAUAAAUAUGUAUGUA